GUGACAGGGUAAUAUUUUUGUUGCCAUCAGCAAGUGCUUCCCAAGCGGCAUCAGGCUGGUCUUCCACCGCUUUGCGCUGUUUUAAUCUCUUGGGGAAAUCAAGCUCUAAAUCGGUGAGCCAGGUGCAGUCCCAGGCCACAGAGGCUAUGGCGGAACCAGCCUAUACCAUACCGGUGUUCCGGCAGAGGACUGCUGAAGAGGGAACUGAGGAGUACCAGCGAGUGAGCACGAAUGUUGGGAAAGGACUGACUGUUAUUCAGGAGGAGCUCCACAGGAUGAGGAUUGCCACCAAGGCCCAAGUGGAUAGUCUCAAUAUCCAGAGAGAGGUUAGGGAAAUGAUGUACAAGAGGGUGGAUUUGUUAGAGGAUAUUCCCAAGAUGCCGGACUUCCUUGUUGCCCUGCGGCCCCACACCGUGUGGGUGAAGACUCCUGUCAAACUGUUCUGCACCGUGCAGGGAACCCCAAGGCCUGUUGUCAAAUGGUAUAAAGGAGGCGAGCUAGUCAACCCACUGAAUGCACCAGGGAAGUACAAGAUUGAAGACAAGUAUGGAGUCCACAGCUUGAUCAUUAGCAGGUGUGUUGUGAGAGAUAGUGCUGAGUACAGCGCCGUGGCCACCAACUCACACGGCACGGCUACCAGCAAGGCUCUAGUUACUGUGAAGAGAGCAACAGGAGCUGGGGAGCCCUCCUAUCUUGGUUUAGUGCCCCAUAUGAGCGAGAUUCAUGCCAGUAAGCUGGAGGUGAGCCUGCUCGAUCGGUUCUUAGUGAGCUUUGGUGUGGAGGGCGGCUCCAUCAGUCUGGUGUGUUCUAUGGUGGUCAUCCCCGACCUCCCCAACGUACCACCCCUCGCCCAGUGGUACAGAGAUGAUAAACUGCUGAAAUCAAGUAAGCUGGUGGAGAUGUCUGUGGGUGGAGGCUCGGCCCGUCUGACGCUGCCUCACCUGGCCAAGGAUGACGAGGGACUCUACACUCUCCGCAUCUUUACCAAGGACGGCACCAGCGAGCACAGCGCCUACCUGUUUGUUUCUGAUGCUGCCCCCCCUGUGGCCGGGGCCCCUGGUGCACCGAUGAGCGUGAAGGCAUAUGACAUCAACUCAGACUAUGUCCUGGUCGCCUGGAAACCCCCCAACACCGUCAUGGAGCCGGCAAUCACCGGAUACUUUGUGGAUCGGUGUGAGUGUGGUAGCGACACCUGGGUCCAGUGCAACGAUGCCCCAGUGAAGGUUUGUAAAUACCCGGUGCACGGCCUGAAAGUGGGCCACUCCUACCACUUCCGGGUCCGAGCCGUGAACAGCGCCGGCAUCAGCAGGCCGUCCCGCAAGUCUGACAAAGUGACCGCCCUCGACCCCGCCGAGAGCGAGAGGCUGCAAGUGAUAAAAAUCGAAGGAAAAUACGACAUAGUGAUCAAGGAUGAUGACCUGGAAGGCUACAUAACGAUCCCGGGGGAGCCCACCGAUGUUCAUGCAUCGGAGAUUUACAAAUCGUAUGUCGUGCUGAGCUGGAAGCCUCCCAGCCCUCGUGGACGGGCGCCGCUGUGGUACGUCAUCGAGAAGUGCUUAGCAGGCACUGGAGCAUGGCAGCGGAUCAACACGGCAGUCGAACUGCACUCCCCUCGUUACCCGGUUUUUGAUUUGCAAGACGGGCAAAAGUACCAGUUCCGAGUGUAUUCGGUCAACAUGCACGGUUCCAGCGAGGCGUCCGAACCCUCUGAGCCCAUCCAAAAGGUGGAUGAGGAUGGCGUCCCCUCUGCUCCCGGUAAGGUUACUGCCACCAGAAACACCAAGUCAUCUGUGUUUGUGCAGUGGGAGCCUCCCAAACUUCUGAAAAACCUCAUGGGGUACUACAUCGAUGGCCGUGUCGCUGGAUCCAAGGAGUGGUUCCCCUGUAACCACAAACCCUUUAAAUGCUCCAGGUUUGUGGUUCACGGCCUGAUCCCAGGAGAGACCUACACCUUCCGUGUCCAAGCCGUCAACGUCUUUGGCCUCAGUGAGGAGUCACAGGAGUCCUCUCCCAUCGCUGUGAUGCCGGCUCUCGCAACUCCCAGCGCUCCCUCUGGCAUCACCAUGCUGAGCAGUGACGGCUCCUCCAUAACUGUGGCUUGGAGGAAACCCAAACACAGCGGCGGCUCCAAGGUCAACGCUUACUACGUUGACAAGAGGAACACUGACAGUUUGGUGUGGCAGGAGUACAACCUUCAGGCCGUCACGGAGAGAAUGUGCACGGUUGACAAUCUGACGGAGGGACAGUUCUACGAGUUCAAGGUCCAGGCUGCUAACAUGGCCGGUGUUGGUGUGCCCUCAGAACCCAGCACCCCGAUGAAAUGUGAAGCUUGGACCAUGGAAGAGCCAGGCCCAGCCUACGACCUGCAAUUCAGUGAGGUCAGAGGUCACUCCCUGGUCCUCCUGUGGAAGGCUCCAGUCUACACCGGAGCAGGUCCAGUCACUGGAUACUUGGUGGACAUGGCCAAGAAGGGCUCAACAGAGUUUGUUUCUCUGACUCAGGAAGCUGUGAGCCACCGUUACCUGCAGGUGACCAGUCUGGUGGAAGGUGAAACCUACGUGUUCAGAGUUCGUUCUGUCAAUUCAAAGGGUGUUGGAAAACCUUCCCAGAUGUCUGAGCCGGUCUGUGCCAGAGCUCUUCCAGGCACUAAGGAGAUUGUGGCCGGCGUGGACGAGGAGACCGGAGACAUCUUCCUGUCUCUGGAGGCCUGUGAGAUCAGUGAGACAUCCAAGUUCGUGUGGUCGAAGAACUACAAAGCCAUUGGCGACUGCCCCAGGGUCGCCGUCACAGCGAAGGGCAGAACCUCCAGACUGACGUUCACCAACCCCGAUAAAGACGAUCUGGGUAAAUACUCCGUGGUCGUCACUGACACAGAUGGAGUCUCUUCCAGCCACACUCUGACUGAGGACGCCCUGAACACCAUGCUGGAGCUCAGCUACGCCAUCAGACAUCCAAUUGUUCCUCUGAAACACGGUCUGAACUAUGAGAUUUUGGAGAAGGGUCACGUGCGCUUCUGGGUGCAGGCCGUCAAACUGUCCUCCUCUGUAUCCUACAGGUUCAUUGUUAACGACAAGGAGGUCACAAGUGGGGAGGGGGUUAAGAUUAGUCACGAUGUGGCCACAGGAAUCAUCCAGAUGACGGUGGAUACAUUCACCAGAGCCAAUGAGGGCACUUACACCGUCCAGAUCCACGACGGCAAGGCCAAAACCCAGAGCUCUCUGGUUCUGGUGGGAGACGUGUUCAAAGUUGCUCUGAGGGAGGCCGAGUUUCAGAGGAAAGAGCACAUCAGGAAGCAAGGUCCACAUUUCUCUGAGUAUCUGUACUUCACCGUCACUGAUGAUUGUACUGUCAUGCUGGCCUGCAAGGUGGCCAAUGUGAAUAAGGAGACGUCUUUCCAUUGGUACAAAGAGGAUGAGGAGAUUGUUCCAGAAACUCCUUCCAAUGUCAUGUCCGGAGCCUGCGCUCUCCCCAUCCCUCUGUUCUCCAGAAAAGAUCAAGGCAUCUACAAGGCUGUGCUCGGCAAUGACAGAGGAAAGGACACAUCUACGUUUGACAUCUCAGGCAAAGUGUUUGACGACAUUAUCAAUGCCCUCGCCCAGAUUGCUGGUGCGUCUGCCUCUGAGCUGGUGAUUCAGUGCACACCAGAGGGCAUCAGGCUGCAGUGCUACAUGAACUACUACACAGAGGAGAUGAAGACCAUCUGGAAACACAAGGAGAGUAAGAUUGCCUCCUCUGAGAAGAUGAGGAUUGGAGGCACAGCUGAGAUGGCCUGGAUGCAGAUCUGUGACCCGUCUGACAAGGAGAAGGGUAAAUACUCCAUUGAGAUCUCAGACGGCGUGCAGACUCACACCAGAACCUUCGACCUCGCCGGACAAGCAUACACCGAUGCAUAUGAGGAGUACCUAAGACUUAAGGCAGCUGCAUUUGCUGAGAAGAACCGUGGCAGAGUGGUCGGGGGCCUGCCUGAUGUGGUCACUAUUAUGGAAGAGAAGUCUCUGAGCCUGACCUGCACCGUGUGGGGCGAGCCGACCCCUGAGGUCACCUGGUUCAAGAAUGAGCAGGAGGUCGCCUCCACCGAGCACACCAGGGUCAUGUUCGAUGGCGGCAAGUUCGCCAGCCUCGUCAUCAACAAAGUCACUCCCGAAGACUCCGGCAAGUACAGCAUCAACGUACGGAACAAGUACGGCGGCGAGUUCGUCGAGAUCACCGUCAGCGUCUACAGGCAUGGUGAGCAGAUCCCCGAGGCCAAACUGGGACAGCCCAAAUCGGCUGCUGCCACACCUGCUGCUACACCUGCAGCCACGCCUGUGCCCAAGUCCCCAGCUCCCCCUUCCAAGACCCCAACCCCCACCCCUAAGGCCCAGACCCCAGCGUCUAUGAAGAGCCCGACUCCAGCCUCUACCCCCGCUUCCACCCCAGUCCCCAAAUCACCAACCCCAACCCCAAAGUCCCCGACUCCUUCUCGCGGCGCCAAGUCGCCCACCCCACCUAGAUUCAUGAAGUCUCCAACCCCACCAAGGAAGUAAACCACGGUGGUGACGUCUGAGGGGAAACGAUUUCUGUUAGCAACGCUGAUUUAUAGCAUGAGUGUGAAACCACGAGGCGUUAAAGUUUAUUAGAUGUAGUCGCUGUUUAAAGUCCCAUUAUCUGAACUUCUGGACGACAACUUACACAGAACAGGCUUCUAACCCGUGUCGAGAUUCUUUGCGUUCCAGCGUUCUCUAUAAUUUCUGAGAACAUGUUGCAGGAUAUAUAUAGAUGCAAAAGAGGGACUUUUACAGCAGCUGCUAUCAUGCAGUAGAUUUCCUUUUCAGUUACAUAUCUUUCCGCUGUGCUUUUAACACAGACAGGAAACAGGCACAAAAACUAAAAAAAAAAAAAAAAACAGGGCCGAUAUUUCUGUUCACUCUUUGAAAAGCUGCACCUUCCACUGUGAAACGUUGGUGGAACGCCUGUAUACAUUUAUUUUGUUGAUGUUAAAGUAUAGUUCCCGUUUCUUAUAACUUUGGUCACGAUUACGCAGCCUUGCUUCUGUCAGUGACGUCACUGAAAAGAGGGCGUACAGGUGAAGAAACGAGACAUCACACGAAAGAAAAAAGCUCGACAGGUUAGACAAACUGAAAUGGAAGAGAAAACCAGGGCGAAUAGUGAGAUUGUCACUCAAACUGUCGUCAUAAACGUCCAUCACAGUGUACAGACUGACCUUCUGGUUCAACCUGCUCAUUGUAGUUGUGCGCACACAGUUUCCUGUACGGUGAAGGAUUAUUAACGACAUUUCAGGGGUGAUAACGUCUGAGUUUUACCUGAUCGUGUGUCUUCCUCCCACUUUAGCGAUGUCACCAUGUUUCCUAGAUUUUAUCAGUUUACCUGCUGAGUGUGAAGUUAUCAUAACCAGUAAUAAGAAGACCAAACUGUGGGAAUUACACCAAAGUUCUUAUAACCUGGAAUUAGCCUUUAACCUGGAUGACCUGGUAGUUUGCAGGUACAGAGCUGGUGUAUGUUGUCAGCGCCUGGGUGGGACAUUAUCACCACAUACCAGAAUAUUUUUUUGUUUUUCUCUGGGGUGAUGAUGGUUUCCCCCUUAAUCAUACUUCAGUCCCAGGUAGCUCAUCGUAAAGAAGCCAGUUAGUGAUCCUGUGAAGUAGUCAAGUCAGUAGGAAGUAUUCACUUCCUACCCUGGUGUCUGUGCCAGAGAGGUCUGUCUGUCUGUCUGACAUGUUGUGUUUCCCCCUGUUGCUUUGUGAUGGCAAUAAACUUUACUCAUCAGCCUC